UCUGAUGUGUCCUGUGUAUGCUCAGGGUGUGAGCGCGCGCGUUAUCAUCACAUUAUCUGAAGCAAAGAGUUGAGCGGCACGCCUAGUUUCAAAUCAAUCUAUAUAUCGAAAAAUACAUUUCCUUCAGUCGUUUGCUCGAAUACUCAGGGAACUACUAGGUCGAUCUCAGGCUGUGGAUAGAAAAUGAGGAAUAUGAUUUUCUUGUUUUUCUUUGUGGCAAGUGUGAGUGCACAAGAGCGAUACCGACUUUGUGCACCGCAAUCUAUUAGUGAUAAUACCUGCUAUUCGCUACAACGUGGAGAAAGUCAGGUAUCUUGUCUUCGAGUAGAGGAUAGCGCUGAUUGCGCUAUAAAGCUGAGUAGAGGAGAUGCAGAUUUCGGUGUCUUUACUGCCGAAGAGCUUCUUCUUGCACAUCAAUUUUAUCCCACGGGACUCCAACUGAUCUCACAAUUAAGGCACAAAGACAAAAUAAUCGAGGAGUUUGAAUUCCAAUCGGUUGCUGUUGUACCAACGACUUACAAUUCCGUUGAAGGAAACUUCAAUGGUCUCCAGAAUGGUGGUUUGUGUCAUCCCGGUUUCAGCAAGGCUCAAAUGUGGAAUAAUUAUAUCCUGAAAUAUUUUGAGAAAAAAGUCUAUGGAUCUACUUGCCGUGAUAGCAUGACAACUGCUGAGAAUGAAGCGAUGAAUCUACAAAAUUUCUUUGGCAAAGCGUGUCGACCUGGGGAAUGGGUGUCCGAUAAUGCAUAUACUACAGAAUUGAAGAAUAAAUAUCCUGACUUGUGUUCUCUCUGUGACACCUCUUCAUCAUGUACGUAUAGAAAUAUGGAUAACCAUGGACACACUGGAGCAUUGGAUUGUUUGACUUCAGGACGCGGAAAAGUUGCUUAUGUUGCCUUGAACUAUGUUCGACAGUACUUUGCGUUGGAUUCUCCGGCAGCGAUUAUAGCGAACAUGACUGCCAGUUCAUACCAAUUUUUAUGUCCUAAUGGGACUGUUCAGCCUUUGACGACAUCAAACCCGUGUGCUUGGGUCAAGCAGCCUUGGAGUGCUAUUGCUGUUAGAGAUGAUCGAGCAUCGUCCUUACUUGAAGGAUUGAAAAAUUGGUUGAAACCAACACGAAGUGCAGAAGAUUGGACCACGGCAUUAAGGAGUAUUAUCCAACAAGAUGCCGUUCCCAAUUUUUUCACUGAAUACACUUCUUUUGAAACAUAUCUUAGAAAAGGAAGAGAAGUGAGCUUCCCAACUUCCUCUUGUGGCAAUACCAUUCGUUGGUGUACAAUAAGUACCUUAGAGACAAACAAGUGUAACUGGAUUGCUAAGGCUGCGGUAACUCAUGGCAUAGAACCACAGAUUUCAUGUGAUCAAACUAAUUCUACAUUCCAUUGUUUCCAUGACAUCGCUGAUCAUAAGGCUGAUAUCAUUACUAUUGACUCAAAUUACGGACACUUAGCAAGACAGGUAUUUAACUUAACGACAGUACUCUAUACUGAAACUGAAACUGAUCGCAAUAGUGUGGUUAUUGCCGUUGUGCGAGAAGGCUCAAGUUACAAUGUGUCUAGCUUUGCUGCUUUAUCAAAGAGAACUGCUUGUUUCCCUGAAUAUGGAGGCAUUGCUUGGUUGAGCUUCAUCAACACUGCACGUACAAAUGGAGUUUUAUCUGAAUCCUGCGAUUAUGCUACCAUUGUGGCAGAUUUUUUAUCAGGAGCUUGUACUCCUGGAUUCCGUGAUAGAGAUCACUUGAAUAGCUCUUUGACUUCAAGUGCUGGUUCUACAUUAUGUUCACUUUGUCCUCUUGAAAAUAAUAAUGCAACAUGCUCGGCGAAUAGUAGUAAUAUCUAUUAUGGGGAUAAAGGUGCUUUGGAAUGUCUAAAAAGUACAGCUGGAGAUAUUGCUUUCAUCGAAGCAAAGAAUUUGAAUGCGUAUAUUGAACAAGGACUCAUUAAUGCCAGCCAUUAUCGUGUUCUCUGCAAAAAUAGUAGCUUAGCUCUUUACACAGGAUUUAAUGUAGAUGAUCAGUGUGCCCUUUCAGUAACAAUCGACAGUGAGAUGGUUGGACGGAAAUCUGAUGAACAGGAUGCAAGAGUGAAGCUUACUGAUAUUACAUUAGCAUUACUGCAGAUCGAAGACUGGUUGGGUUAUCGUACUAACGUUCUCAGGCCAAUCCAUGUCUAUGGUCCAUUCAAUGGAACCAAAGAUCUUCUUUUCAAGGAUUCUACCAGCGGACUUGAGAGUACUUCUUCAACCAUUAAAUCUGUACUUGCCUACAAAGAACUGUUCCAGCAUGUGCAAACUUGUUCUAGUUCGGCUACCUUACUUCUUACUAAUAUAAGUAUUAUACUCGUGGGGGUACUGUUUUUAGUUCAGACUCUGUAAUUAUUUCAUCUAUAUUCUUCAUUAUGUAUUGUCAAGACAGUUACUUCAAUCUUACUUAAAUUUAAAAAGUAUUGUGUUCCUUCAUUAACAUUGUCACCUUUGAGAAACAUGUUUGCAUUGCGUUUUCUAAGAAUAAAACGAAGGAUAUGUAGUCCA